UGUUUGGAGGAUGAAACUCUGAUCUGUGCAUGAGAUAGUCCUCUAUAAGAGUCAUAUGUUAAAGCGAACAGAAUCUGGAAGAUGUCGCCCGUAGAUUCUGUUCAUAAUCACAUGACCCCACUUACGCCACACUUUACCCCAGACUUGAAUGUGUCAGCCACAUACAUGUGCAUUACCUAUGGUUCCUAGGUAAGCAGUGACCUUCGCAGCAGCCGCCACCCCACAUGAUCCCGUCCUGACGACACCACUUACUCCGGCGCUUCCUUUCACUGUCCACAGGCAUCCAACACUUUCCUAAGCGUUCGUCCCGAAUCACCCGACGUUAGCAUACAAAAAACAGUAGCUCGUCCACGACGACUGACAGAAUCCUGCUCGUACCACGCGAACGAUCGUCAACAACAGGCAAAAGCAACGAUGGCUUCAACCGCAAAGUACGUCCCGGCGCCGACUCAGGACCCUGACGAACCUUCGCGCUACACGCAGGCACCCCCCGCCUACCAAGCCGAAGCCAGCGCCGCCUCCGACACGGAUCGUCUCUUUGGCGGCGGUGUCCCUCGCCGCAGCGAGGACGACAUCCCGGAUGACUUCAAGUACGGCGGCUCAGUAGCAGAGGCCACGAUCGACAUCCGCAACCAGUUCAUCCGCAAGGUCUACGCGAUCCUCACCGUCCAGCUACUUGUCACCGGCGGCGUCUCCACCAUCAGCUUCUUCAACGAUGGUUACAAGGCCUGGAUCCAGGACCAUCCGGGCUUGGUCUUCGGCUCCCUUCUCGGUGCCAUGGUCAUGAUGCUCCUCACCUUCUGGAAGCGCAAGUCGUACCCGACUAACCUCCUCUUCCUUUCGGCCUUCACACUCAUGGAGGCCUAUUCCAUCUCCGUCAUCGUCUCCUUCUACAAGGCCGGCAUCGUCCUCAAUGCCCUCUUCCUCACUGCAGGCAUCUUCAUCUUCCUUACCGCCUUCGCCUGCCAGACCAAGUAUGACUUCACCUCCUGGAUCCCUUACCUCGGCGGCGCCCUCUGGGCUCUUGUCAUCUUCAGUUUCAUGUACAUGUUCUUCCCUAGCAGCUCCACCGGCGAGCUCAUCUACGGUGGCAUCGCCGCACUCAUCUUCAGUGCCUACAUUCUUGUCGACACCCAGCUCAUCAUGCGCCACCACCAUGUCGAAGAGGAGAUUGCGGCCUCUAUCAGUCUGUACCUUGACAUCAUCAACCUGUUCUUGGCCAUUCUGCGCAUCCUGAACAGCCAAGAGAGCAACUAAACUGCCACUGGUUCUACUCCCUACGGAUAACAAAUUGUAUCAAGUCUGCCAGCAGGUAGCUAGUGUGGUUUGACAUGAGAUUUUUUCAACGGAAAUUGGCCAGGAUACGUCGUGGUUGUUUUGUAUGGAAUAAAAACCUUGGGGGUAUGAACCCAGAUUGGGGGUUUCCGCCUUUAUCCGUUGCCCUCCGUUUGUAGUGCAGUAUCUCUUUAUAGUAAACUUAUUUAAUCACAUUUUUAU